AUGGGGAAGUCCAAUGUCAUGCUGGAUGCAGGACGGUCUUUGUUGUUCAGGAUUCAACCAUACACAACAGGACACCUAGCAUCUCUGGCCUUUAUCCACCAAAUGCCCAAGCUAUCUUUCCAACAGGAACUACUACUCACUCCCAAAGUGGUUUACCGGAUCUACAUAGCAAGCAACCCGACUGGCACAGAGCCACUUCUUGGGAGGAAAGAAUUUGAGCAGACGAUGUAUCUCCCCAUGAGAAUGCAGUCACGCUCAUUGGGCGACCUUGCCAAUGACUGCUUUUGUGCUACCACAGUGGAAUCAGGGAGUGUAACACAGACCUCAUGGCCUGAAAAAUAUUUACUAUCUCUGGCCCUUUAUGGAAAAAGAUUGCCAACCCUGCCACAGCUUAUUAAACUUCAAGUUCCAUGGAGGCAAGGGCUUCUGCUGUUUGGUUUUCCUGAUACACCCUCAGUGCCAAGCUCAGACAAAGCCACAACAGGGGUUCCCAUGGAUUCUCCACCAUACUGCAGGUGGGCAGAGGGGACGGAGGAGCUGAUGAUGUUCUACCAAGAUAGAUCACUUCAUAGUCAGGCCUUCUAUCUUUUCAGGUCUGCCUCAUCCUUCCUGAAGACCAAGGCUGAGGGAGCAGCACUGCUGGACCAAGUAGACACAUAUAUCAUGUCCCUAGGAAGAGAGCUGGAACUCCUUGGUGGACACAGCACUGACCUCGCUAUAUUGAAAAGCUGCACUAGCGAGAUAAUCGUGAGAAAUGCAAUGAGGGGUGAUACACUCAAAGGCCUUGUCCGUAUCAUCACUGGGAGCUGCAUUUUGAGCCCAUCUCUCAAGCAUGAGAAACCAAACAGCGCAGAGGACUUGUACAUGGGGCAGUCACACACUAGGCUCGAUAACGCUGCGGCUCGGGGUAGGCAGAGACCCGGCCGCCGCCCUGCCCUGGCAAGCGACCUCGGGCUCCGUAGCCACGUAGGAAGUGCAGAGACGCCCCCGCGCAGGGUGCGCUCCGGGGUCAGGACGCGAAGUUUAGGGGGAGAUGGGCGCAGAUGGACGUCGGACCCUGAGAAGGGAGAGGCCAGGGGCUGGUGCCGGGCCAGGGCGCCAGGGUCGGGUUCAGCUCAGCUGAUAUUUAAUAAAACCAAAUCUGUAGAAUACACCUACUGCAAUGACACCGUUGUCAUUCCAUGCAUUGUUAUUAAUGUGGAGGCACAAAGCACCUCAGAAAUAUUUGUAAGGUGGAAAUUUAAAGGAAAAGACGUUUAUGUCUAUGAUGGAGUUGCAAACAAGUCUACUAUCAGCUCUGAGUUUCCAAGUGCAAGAAUUGCAGUCUCAGAAUUACUGAAAGGAGAUGCCUCUCUGAAGAUGGCUAAGAGUGAUGCCACUGUGGGGAACUACAGUUGCGAAGUAACAGAAUUAAGCAGAGAAGCCGAAACAACCAUAGAACUAAAAUAUCGUGUUGUUUCCUGGUUUACUCCAAAUGAAAAUAUUCUCAUUGUAAUUUUCCCAAUUUUGGCUAUACUUCUCUACUGGGGGCAGUUUGGUAUUACAACACUUAAAUACAGAUCCAGUCGAACAAAUGAGAGAAUUAUUAUUUUACUUGUUGUGGGACUAUUUGUCACUACAAUUGUUGUUGUUGCAGCCAUUCUUUUCAUCCCAGGUGAAUAUUCAAUAAAGAAUGCUACCGGACUUGGUUUAAUUGUAGUUUCUACAGGAGCAUUAAUAAUACUUCAGUACAAUGUUUUUAGGGCAACUUUUGGAAUGACCUCCUUUGCCAUUUUCAUAUUGACCUUACAAAUACUGGGCUAUGUACUUAGUGUGGUUGGAAUGAGCCUCUGUGUCGCAGCAUGUAUACCACUGCAUGGCCCUCUUCUGAUUUCAGGUUUGGGUAUCAUAGCUCUAUCACAAUUACUUGGACUAGUUUAUAUGAAGUUUGUGGCUUCCAAUCAACAGACAAUACAGCCUCCUAGGAAAGCUGUAGAGGAACCCCUUAAUGCUUUUAAAGAAUCAAAAGGAAUGAUGAAUGAUGAAUAACUGAAGCAUUGGACUCUGAUUUGGAGGGUAGUGAGACGUGAAAGGAAUACACUUGUGUUUAAGUACCAUGGCCUUGAUGGUUCACUGUUGGGGAGAAGAACGUGAGAAAAGUGACUGGUUUUCAACUAUGGGAGAAAAGAAGUCGUUGACCAUUAAAUGAUUGUUACAGUUAAGUUUUUAUUCAAAGCAACUGUAAUUUAGUUAAUAAAAGAAUUAUGAUCUGUGUUGUGUGCCCAACUGAGAUCCAGUUUUUUGUUACUUUUAUUCAAUCAGGGGCAAAAGUCGAGGGGCAACUUCCAAGAAUGAUGCCUUUUGGAUCCUAGGGCCUCUUGACUCUUGGUCACCAGUUCAGAUUGGUUUGGGGUAAGAAUUUAGCUAGCACUAACCUGGCAGUUACCUAGAAAUUCUUAGGAAAACCAGUGGCUUCCAUCAAACCUUAUCAAACUCAGGUUCACAGCAGCUCUGGCAGUUGUGUUUUUAGCUGAGUAAUGUGUCUGCCACUUCUGGGUUAAGGGAAUAGUGAAUUAAGUACAAACAGGAGUUUGGUUGGGAACAUCUCAUAUGCCACCUACAUGUGAUAAGAUAUUAAUGGAGAUAGUGGUCUUCAUUCUUGGGGGUUGCCAUUCACACAUUUCCCCUUUCCACAUACAGUGUAACAGACCCUUUCCGGAUUGAGGGUACCUUUGCCCAUGGGUGUGUUUUUCUUUUAGUUACACAACCCUUCCAGCCUUGUCUUGUCCUCCUGUUAUUUGCUUCUGCUGUACAAGACACAGCACCUUUUCUCCCCUUUGAACGUGGUCCAAGUGACAUGGCAGCAUCCGUUGCAAGAGGAGCCAGACCUGUUCUCAGAGCACUGUGUUGACACUUUUCAGUAAAAAUAGCUAUGGUUGUAACAUAUGUAUUCCCUUCCUCUGAUUCGAAAGCAGAAAUCUACAGUGUUUUCUUCACUUCUUUUCUGAUCUGGGGCAUGAAAAUGCGAGAUUGAGAUUUGAUCUGUGAGUCUCCUGCAUGGCAACAUGUGUGUCACCAUCAGACAAUAGGCCCACCCUGGAGGGGUGGCUUUCUAACUGUUGUAUCUAUGUUGCAUGACAAACACUCAUCACCCUCCUCCUGUAGUCCUGCCUCGUACUCCCCUUCCCCUAAGAUUGAAGGGUAAAACAUAACCCCCACGUUUCCUACCCCAGUUAGAAGAAAAGUAACGUUCUGAAAGUUGUGAUCGCUUGGAGUACUUUUAGAUUAUUAGCACUCGUUUUUUACCUUGUUUGUGGGUGUGUGUUUGUGUGUGCACAUGUAUACGAUAGGCACAUGCAUCUUCUGUAUGGGCAAAAGUGGGGUACCUACAGGAGAGCAAAUGUUAAUUUUGUGCUCUUAGUAAAAACAUUUAAAAACGAAGACCUUUAUUGGGUGGAUUAUAUUUGAUGCAAAGAUUUGAUCACUUAAAACUUUAAAAACUUGUAGGUAAUUUGCAAAGCUUUUUGACUGCUCACCAGUACCCUCUAAAAUGACUAGUAAUUCUUCCUGUUUGUGUAAAAGACACUCAUGUGUGUAGUUGCAUUAAUAAUGGUUACUUCUUGAAUGUUUCCAUGUGCCUCUUUUAUGCCAAAUUAAUUGUCAUAUUUCAUGUUGGGACCAAGUGGUUUUGCCCAUGGCAAACCUAAAACUCAUGACCUGCCAAGACCUCUCAGAAAACUGAAUACACUAUCAAGACAGCUCUUCUUGGGAAGCGAAAGAAAUUUUCUUCCCUGAUGAUAUAGUUGUCCAGAUGUUAGCCUGCGUAGAGAGGCUGUACUUCUUUCUACAAAUGUGAUGGCUCCUGCUGCCCUUUUUCCUUCUGAAAAUACUUCCAUUUUGCUAAUAGAGUUUUUUACUUUAGAAAUCAGUUUUGAUGAAAGGAGGGAAAAAAGCAGAUGGACUUGAAAAAAGAUCCAAAUUCCUAUUCUCUAUAAGAAAGUUGAGUAUAGAAAUCUUUGUAGUACAUUUUUUUAUAAACCGAAGUUGUACCUUUUAAUAUGUAGUAAGUUCUCAUUUACCUGGAGUGCAGUUGGGGGUCUCACCACCUGUUUGUGUUCUCAUCGAUGCUGCCUGCCUUCUGAGGCACUCACUGCCCUAGACAGUGCUACCAGAGGUGGCAGGGGGAGCCAGAGGGAAUCCACCCUUGCCCUGACACAUUGUCAGCUCCUCUGGAUAGGGCCCCACUGUAUCAGGAGUCCUCGUGCUUAGGCAUCAUUGGGCCAGUUCCUUCUUUCUAAAUUAGACUCGCAGUAAUGGCUCCCCAUUUUGUCAAGUCAAAUUUAAAUUGCUAACUAUAUUUUGAGCAUCAAUAUCAUCCCUCACCCCAUAUAUGCUCUCUACUCCCUGAUCCCAACUUUCACUGUCAACUUACCUGUUCAAUUUUAUUUAUUGUGCAUCCUAGAGUGACGGCAUCUGUCAUUUUCUGUAACAACCUUCCCAGCGUUUUCAGCCCCAUCAAAUGCGUCUUCUCCUUCAGAACUUUCUACUCAUCUUUUUUCCACACAGCUGUCCUUUGCA